AUGCGUCUUAUGGAUGUUGUUACAACUUACUUGUACGGAUCACUUUAUAGUGAUAUCUAUAUGAAAAUCCAUGAAGGAUUUAAAAUGCCUGAAGCAUUACGUGCAAAACCCAAAGAAAUGUAUUCUAUAAAAUUUCAAAGAUCUUUGUAUGGGUUAAAGCAGUCUGGGCGCAUGUGGUACAAUCGUUUAAGCGAUUAUUUGACAACGGUCUACGUUAAUGAUCUAAACAUCAUUAGAACGAAUAAAGAAAUCCUAGAAGCGAUUGAACUUUUAAAGAAAGAAUUUGAAAUGAAAGAUCUUGAUGCAGGCUAUUUAUCUGAUCCUCAUAAAGCUAGAUCUCAAACUGGAUACGUGUUCAUGAACGGAGGAACCGCAAUUUCCCGGUGCUCUCAAAAGCAAACACUUGUCGCUACGUCCUCAAAUCAUGCUGAAAUAAUUGUACUAAAUGAAGCUAGUAGAGAAUGCAUAUGGUUAAGAUCGAUGAGACAACUCAUUUUGUCUUCAUGUGGACUAGAUAAAGAUAAAUGUCCAAUAUUAAUUUAUGAAGAUAACCUAGCAUGUGUCACUCAAAUGAAAGAAGGAUAUAUCAAGAGCGACAUGACAAAACACAUACCUCCAAAGUUUUUUGAGUACAUUCAAGAGCUUAAAAAAGAUCAAAAGGUUAAGAUAGAAUAUGUUCAAUCUAGCAACAAUGUUGCAAUAUUCAAACAUGUACAUGGCAUCGGAAUGCGACAUGUGCAUAACACGUAA